AUCGAAGACGGAGAACGCCGGAGAACGAAUGGCAUCGCAUCCAAUCGAAAUCGGAUCGUUGCCGGGAAAGCAGCGCACUUAAGAAGCGGAAAAACACGAAAAUAUAUACUCAGUGCGCACCGCCGAUAUCGAGCGUGAAUAAACGACAUUGACAUUCAAGCGGGCGCGCUAAUUGAUCGGAAAACCAACCCCUCAUCGGUCGGGUCAAGUGCCCUCAAUUGGAAGUGUCAGGUGGGGCAGCAUGGGGCAUUUGGUGCCGCCGCUGAUUCUGCUGCUGUUCAUCGGUGCUCUGUGGCCGGUUUUCGCCAGAACCGAUUACCAAACAGCCUGCGAGUCGCUGGAGAUCAAUGAGAUCGAGGAUCUCCGGAAGCUGCAGAACUGCACCCACGUCGAGGGUCACGUUCGAUUGGCCUACUUGGACUUCGCAGCCGGAAACUACAGCGCCGAUUUACUGGCCAGCAAUGUCACCGAGAUCAGUGACUACCUGAUGGUCUAUCGCUGCAUUGGACUGCUCAGUCUGCAGUUGAUAUUUCCCCGACUGCGGAUCAUCCGCGGCCACAGCCUGCUCUUCGAUCAGUACUCCCUGGUGGUCUACGACAACCGUAAUCUCAGGGAACUCGGUUUCGUGGAGCUGCUGCGUAUCCAGAAGGGCUCAAUUCGCGUCGAAUCGAAUCCGCUGUUGUGCUUCGUGGAGACCGUGGACUGGGUGUACCUCAUGGGCAACGCCACUCAGCAGCACUAUUCCCUCAGGCACAAUAGACCGCAGAGUCUAUGUCCUUUGUGUGGCGGACCAAACGCGGACUUUGAAUUCCUCAGCAACUCUUCUGAUCAUUGCUGGAACCUAAACUCCACCCAACUUCGUCCUCAGCCUCCCCGCAUGAACGAUUGUCCCGAGGCCUGUGGUCGUAGUGGAUGCGACAAUGCAGGAAAGUGCUGCGAUCACAGCUGCGUGACGGGAUGCUCUUUGCAGAACUGCUCUCUAUGCGCAAAUUACCAAGGAAAAUAUGGUUGUGUGAAUCAGUGCAUUGCCAGCUACGAAAUCAACAAGAGGAAGUGCAUCGGCUACAGGGAGUGCCGGGAUCUGGGAAGGAUUCCCUUGAUUCACGGCUAUCAGUGUGUGAAAAAGUGUCCCGGAAAUCAGAAGGAAUUCCUGGACGCCAAGGGCAUGAUCCACUGUCAGGUGGAGUGUAAGGGGGAUUUCCAUGUGAAGAGUGCAGCGGAUUUGGAUGUCCUGCAGGAUUGUAUAACCAUUAAUGGAUCCUUAACUAUCGAAUUGGAAAACAUAAAGGAAAAAAUAGUAGAAGCUUUGGAAAACGCUUUGGUUAGUGUUACUUCGAUCACUGGCUAUCUGAAAGUUAUUAACUCUGCGCAGCUGGUGUCGCUAACAUUUCUGCAGAACUUAGAUGCCAUACGAGGAGAUAAACUGGUAGAAAACAAAUAUGCCCUCUACGUAGUCAACAAUUACCACUUGGAACACAUCUGGCCACAGAAUCACCAGGUGAUCAUUCAGCGCGGCAUGCUCUUCUUUCACUUGAAUCCCCGGUUGUGCUACGAGAAAAUCCACCAGUUGCAGAGCUCCCUGAAAAGCGGAGAGAGUAUUUCAGUGGCGGAUGUAUCGCCAAAUUCGAACGGCGAACGCGUGAUUUGUGGCGAGGCAGUGCGGUCCCUCAAUGCCACCGUGGAGGAUUUAAAUUCCACCGCUGUGCGCAUUAUCCUGGACUACAUGGACUGGGAGGGCAUGGAGACCCUGAUAGGAUAUUCGUUUUACUACAAGGAAGCCCCGCUGCAGAACGUGACUAUGUACGAUGGUCGGCAUGGUUGCGGUCAUGACAACUGGCUCAUGGAUGUUGCCCCCACCAAGAGUCGGCGGCAUUUGAUAACCAAACUGAAGCCCUACACACAGUAUGCGUAUUUCGUGAAGACCCUCACGCGAACUGAUUACCAUAUGCAGAUGGAUGCCUACUCCAAAAUCGGUUACUUCCAAACGCUGCCAGAUAGACCCAGUCCAGUGGUUCGGAUUCGUGGCAGCUCGGAGAUCAGUUCCCAGAUUCUUCUGCACUGGUGGCCACCGAUUCGUCCGAAUGGAGUCAUUAAAAACUACUACGUGAGCUACGAAAAGUACAAUGUCACCAAGGAGAAGAAGGACAAGAACUACUUGACCUCAUUGGCUUCGAAUGCUAAGGACUCGGAUUGCGAGUGCAUAGAUGUGCAGCCCUACUACUCGGGUCCUCAGCCGGAUGAUGAGGAUUACUAUAACAAGGACCAAAUCACCUACGACGAUGCGCUGCCCAAUCUUAUUUAUGUUUCACGUAAUCACGACUACCGACGAAAGGAGUUCGAAAAAGUGAGAGACUACGAGCAUCUGUUGAGCAUCAAGAAGCAGGAGGAUCCUACCACUCCGGCUCCACCCACUCCCCCGCCCACAAAUGACACCCUCGAAAAAGAGAAACUAGCCGCUAAAACAUAUGACGAAUUCCGCCUGAAGAGCGAGGAGAGGCAGAGGGAUCUGCAGGAUCAGAAUAAGGAGAAAUACAACAUCCGCCACGCCAUGCCAAGAUGCCAGAAUUCGCAUGCCUCGGUGGUGCAGCAAGUGGAGGAUAAGUGCGUCGUAGAGGAGGUUCCAAAUGGAGAGGCUUUGCCCGGGGAUCGGCACAUCCACCACCUUUCCCAGCUGGAACCGGACACCUUUUACCGGAUCACAGUACGAGCCUGUGUCGAGGGCGUGGUCAACGGAUGUUCCACUCCGGCGGAUGCCAUAAUCAAGACUACAACCCUCCGGAUGGAGCGAUUCAUAAAGGGAUUUUAGUGGUCGAAGUUUCGAUCAAACCGUUUUGUAUUAGCUUACAAGUCAUUAAUUCUGAGCCUAUAUUACAGCAGAUAGUAGUACAUAGUGAGAACUUGACGAUGCAGGUGGAACUACCCAUUUCCGUUGAGAUAUAAUUUUGUAAGCAUUUUUUUAUUCUUUUGAAAUAUCUGAUUUGACUUUCCUUAAACACGGAACUUUUUACAUUUGACAAAAAAGGAUUGCUUUUCCUAUUAGUUUUUAAUUUUAUUGUGACCUUUUAUGACUCAUUUAUUUCUAUACUUUUAUUUCAUUUUAUUUUUGAAAAAGAAUUAUUAUACACUUAUUAAUUAAAGCGGUCUUUAUAUUUUUGUGUUUAGGUUUUAGUUCCCAUAUCUCUUAAUUCAAUUCAUUGAAAUUAAAAUUCCGCAU